AUGAGUUCCAAUAUAACGGACGUGUUUCUGAGAAUCCAAGAAGUUAAGCUCUCUGACUCCGGAGUGUACAGCUGUAGAUUCUACAUUAAGCUCGACUCAGUUCUUGAGAACAAGAUGUACCUCAAUGUGACCAGUGAGGAUCGUCCGGUCGGCAACAACACGGAGACUGAGACCAGGUGUCCCACUGACCAUGUGGUCCCUGUCGUUCUGGGCGGAGUCACUGCUCUGUGCAUUGUCAUAACUGUCGGCCUGAGCUUGAAAAUCCUCCGCCUCCAAAAAGCAGCCAAAGACCAAACAGUUGAUACAGCAGAGGGCUCUCUGGUGGCUGCUCGUGUCUUCAUGGCCACGUCUCUGAGGAGCAGGCGUCCAAACACACCGGAGCACACACACGUCGUCUACACCGUAAUCAAAUAG